AUGUGGUUGUCCAUUUCCACGCUCUUGUUGGUUGCGGCCACAACCGCCGCCGCCGCCGCCGCCGCCAGGGCUGUACAAGGGGACCCGGCCGCGGCAGAGGCCGUCAACCGCCGAUCCGACAGCUUCUGGGAUUAUAUUGUCAAGGGUGCCGAGGUCCCAGCGGCCAGCACCAAGCCGGGCGCCCACAAGAAGCUGGAGGGCGACUUGGCCAACUACCAGUUACGUGUUCGACAGGCAGACCCUGCCGAGCUGGGAGUCGACAAAGUCAAGCAGCUAAGCGGCUAUCUCGACGACACGGAGCAGGACAAGCACCUCUUUUACUGGUUCUUCGAGUCGAGAAACGACGCCAGCAAGGACCCCGUCGUCCUCUGGCUGAACGGCGGCCCGGGCUGCUCCUCGUUUAUUGGCCUCUUCGACGAGCUUGGUCCUGCCACCAUACGCAAGCCCGAUCUGGUUCCAGUCAAUAACCCGUACUCCUGGAACUCCAAUGCCUCCGUCAUUUUCAUCGACCAGCCCGUCGACGUGGGCUACUCGUACGGCAACGGCACCGCGGCCAACUCGCAAGCGGCGGCAAAGGACAUCUACGCCAUGCUGUCCUUGUUCUUCCAUCAAUUCCCAACCUACGCCGGGCGAGACUUCUUCGUCACGGGCGAAUCCUACGCAGGGCACUACAUCCCCGCCAUUGGCAAAGAGCUCCUCUCCCACAACGACAGCAACAUCAACCUCAAGGGCCUGGCAAUCGGCAACGGUCUUACCGACCCCUACAUCCAGUACAUGUACUACCGGCCAACGGCAUGUGGCCAGGGAGGCUACCCGGCUGUCCUGUCCCCCAGCGACUGCCAGAGCAUGAAGAACGCCGAGCCAGAGUGCCAGCGACAGAUCAAGGCCUGCUACGACGGCGCCGGCACCGGCGCCUGCAGCCGGGCCACGACCAACUGCAACAACAACCUCCUGGGCAUCUACCAGAGCGGCACGGACAAGAGCGUCUACGACAUCACGUCCCCGGUCGGCACCGGAAAUACCAGCUACGCCGUGCAGUUCCUCGCCUCAGCCAAGACCAAGCAGGCCCUGGGCGUCGAGGCCGGGCGCGCCUACGACCAGUGCAACUUUGACGUCUACGGCGACUUUGUCCGAAACGGAGACUGGAUGACUCCGGCCCAGCGAGUCAUUCCCGGCAUCCUCGAAAAGAUUCCGGUCCUCAUCUACGCCGGCGACGUGGACUUUAUCUGCAACUGGCUCGGCAACGAGGCCUGGACGCUUGCCCUCGACUGGCCCGGAAAGGCCGCGCUCAAUGCUUCCAAGCCCCAGGAGUUGCGUGCCAAGUCUGGGAAGAAUUACGGAAAUGUCAGAGCUGCGCAGGGCCUGUCGUUGAUGCAGAUCUACAAGGCCGGCCACACGGUGCCCGAGUAUGAGGGCGAGGGCUCGCUUGAUUUCAUCAAUAGGUUCAUGGGAGGAGAGUGGUCCAAGUAG